GGGCGGGGCUAAGAGAACGAAGCGCGGUGGCGGUGAGCGGCUCGGUGCUCUGGAUGAUCUUGCUGCUCCACUGAUCGGAUCGGGAUUCGGCGAGAGAUACGCUACAAAGAUGUCCGACGACGAACAGCAAGAGCAGACCAUUGCCGAGGACUUGGUUGUGACCAAGUAUAAGAUGGGCGGUGACAUUGCUAACCAGGCACUACGUGUAGUCAUCGAUGCGGCCAAGUCCGGUGUGUCCGUCCUCAGUUUGUGUGAGAAAGGAGAUGCGUACAUUAUGGCAGAGACCGGGAAGGUCUUCAAGAAGGAGAAGGACAUAAAGAAAGGCAUUGCGUUUCCAACCAGCGUGUCAGUCAAUAACUGUGUAUGCCACUUCUCUCCCUUGAAGAGCGACCCUGACUACACGCUUAAAGACGGAGACUUGGUCAAAAUUGACCUGGGAGUACAUGUGGAUGGAUUUAUCUCCAAUGUGGCACACAGCUUUGUUGUUGGGGCCAGUAAGGAGGCACUUGUGACAGGCAGGAAAGCCGAUGUCAUUAAAGCGGCCUACUUGUGUGCAGAAGCAGCACUGCGUCUUGUAAAACCUGGCAACCAAAACACGCAGGUGACUGAGGCGUGGAACAAGAUCGCCCACUCUUUCAAAUGCAAUCCAAUUGAAGGUAUGCUGUCCCACCAGUUAAAGCAACACAUUAUCGAUGGGGAGAAGACGAUCAUUCAAAACCCCUCAGACCAGCAAAAGAAGGACCAUGAGAAAGUGGAGUUUGAGGUCCAUGAGGUGUAUGCUGUAGAUGUACUGAUCAGUACUGGAGAAGGAAAGACAAGAGACGGAGGACAGAGGACCACCAUCUACAAGCGAGACCCCAGUAAGCAAUAUGGGCUGAAAAUGAAGACCUCAAGAAUGUUCUUCAGCGAGGUAGAAAGACGCUUUGACGCCAUGCCCUUCACUCUCAGGGCAUUUGAAGAUGAGGGAAAGGCCCGCUUGGGAGUAGUUGAAUGUGCCAAACAUGAGCUGCUGCAGCCCUUCAGUGUACUCAGUGAAAAAGAGGGAGAGUUUGUGGCUCAGUUUAAGUUCACAGUAUUGCUGAUGGCAAACGGUCCUCUAAGAAUCACCAGUGGACCAUUUGACCCUGAGCUCUACAAAUCUGAGCAUGAUGUUCAGGAUCCCGAGCUGAAGUCCCUGAUACAGAGCUCCGCAAGUCGUAAAGCGCAGAAGAAGAAGAAAAAGAAGGCUUCCAAGAAUGCAGAAAAUGCUACAGGACAGCAAGCAGAGAAUGAAGUUGCAGCUGAAUAAUUCCCAUACACUCCAGAAAAUUGACACAUUCUCUGACACAAAUUUCUUUCUUAGAAAUUUGAAGACCUAAAUUUAAAACCUUUAAUUUUCCCAUAACCUGUUGUCCAUUGAAACCUGUGACAAAAAAAAAGCCAUCCACUAGUUAGUGUGAUUUGCAAAUAGAAGAAAUUGAAAUUGUCAGGACAAUGACUUUGUAUUGAUUUGUACUGAUCUAUUGGCACUUAUCUUUUUUGAAGCACUAGGUUUACACUGAACUGGAACAUGACACCUUUUGGAAAUGGAUUAAAAAACAGCAAUUCUUUUGUAGUAUUAAAGUUUCCAUUGUGUUAAUCUUCCCAAUUAAAUAAAAAAUGGUGGUCCUUGUAA